AUGGCUCCCAAGAAAGAUGAGAAGGCUGCCGCGCCAGCUGCUGAUGCUCCCGAGGUGAAGGUUGAGGCCAAGCCCAAGAAGGCGAGGGUCCCCAAGAAGGAGAAGAAGGCGCCGGCCAAGAAGGUUGCAAAGGAACCCGCUGCAGGUGGCGAGGAGGGCGACAAGAAGGCCAAGAAGAAGGCCAAGGUGGCCAAGAGUGAGACUUACAAGCUGUACAUUUACAAGGUGCUCAAGCAGGUCCACCCGGACACUGGCAUCAGCUCAAAGGCGAUGUCUAUCAUGAACAGCUUCAUCAACGACAUCUUCGAGAAAGUCGCUACCGAGGCGUCCAAGCUCAGCCGCUACAACAAGAAGCCGACUGUAACGUCACGCGAAAUCCAGACCGCCGUGCGACUGGUAUUGCCUGGCGAGCUGGCCAAGCACGCUGUCUCGGAGGGUACCAAGGCCGUCACUAAGUUUACCUCGUCGUAA